GAACAAAAAAAAAACAAAUUAUUUAAAUAAUCUAUUGUUAAAAUUCUCCAAAAAACACGCGAAUUUCCCGUCACACGUUCUCCAUCGCUGCACUUUUCACUCAUCUCCCUCGAAGAGAGACUCUCUCUGUCUUCUUCUUCUUCUUCAGAAAAUCAAAGAGAAAAGCAUCAAAGCUCAGAAAAUGUCAGAUACAAAUCCUGAAUCUUCAAGCUUCAAUGCUCUAAACAUCGACGUCACCGAAUCAAUCCUCUCUCGCCUCCCAAUCCCUUCUCUCGUCCGUUUCUCCUCCGUCUCAAAGCUAUGGCGAUCAAUCAUCACUUCCCUUCCUCCUUCCUCUUCUUCCUCCUCUUCUCCAUGGCUCUUCCUCUUCGGUAUCCACAACACCUCCUCCUUUCACAACCAAUCCUUCGCCUUCGACCCUCUCUCCGACUCUUGGCUCCGUCUUCCCUCCGCCUCUUUCCCUUCCGUCCACCUCGUCGGCUCCGAUCGAUUCCUCUUCACCACCGCUCCUCGAUUCGCCUUCUCUCCAAUUCUCAAACCUCGUUGGCGUCUCACUUCCCCUGUUCGAUUUCCCCGUAUUAGCCCUCUUUUGGCCGUUUUCUCGACUCGCUCCGGCUCCUCUAAGCUAAUCCUCGUCGGCGGAGUUGGAUCCAUCGGCGGAUUAGUCGACAUCGAUGAUCGAUUAGCCGUUCAGGUCUACGACCCAGCUCUCGAUUCAUGGGAGCUUUGUCCUCCACUCCCCGCCGAUUUCAGAUCCAACGCUCACGAAACCCUAAGCUCCGCUUUGUGGAAGAGGAAAUUCUACGUAUUCGAUAUCAAUUCGUGCUUCGUCUCUUCCUUUUGCUUGGAUACUUACACAUGGAGCGAUGUUCAGACGCUUAGACCACCAGGUCUCUCUUUUGCUUUCCUUAAUUCGUGUGAUGGUAUGCUUGUUCUUGGUGGGAUGUGUAAUUCUUCGUUUAAUCUCUGGAGAAUUGAAGAAGGCUCGAUGGAGUUCAGCGAAAUCGCGAUCAUGCCUGAGGAAUUGUUGUCUGGGUUAGUUGAUAAUGAGGAUGAGGAAGAUAGAGAUAAGUUUAGGACUUUGAAAUGUGUUGGCUCUGGGAAUCUUAUCUAUGUGUUCAAUGAAGAUUGCCAUAAAAAGUAUCCAGCUUGUAUCUGUGAGAUUGGUGUUGAGAAAGGAAAGUGUAGAUGGAGAAAAGUUCCUCAUUUGCCUUCCCCUGUCAACAAGUUUCAUAAACUCGUUAGUUUCUGCUCGGCUGUGUCGAUCACCGAUGUUUUCCACUCCGAUGAGACUCGGAUUGGUUCGAUCCACCAUUGAUUCUGCCUGCUUAUGCCACUGUGAUAAUGUAAAGUGGAGAUGAAAGGAGAAGAUGAAUAAUGGAAAGCGUAUACAGAUGGUUAUCGAUUUAUCAUGGUAAUCAUUAUAGUAUGUAAUUAGGUGAUAAUUGUUGAAAACUGAUUUGUAAGUCUUGGUUUAUAUGUUGUUAUAUCUUAAUUCUUGUUUCUACUGUCGAUUCCAUAUAUGUGUAUGUAUGCCAGUGACUUAGUAGAACAUCUAUACGUCAAUUGUAUAUUUAUAUUGCUUCAAACUCUUAAUGCCUUUUCUGUUUUCAAGAAUCUUUGGAGUUUCUAUAUUAAUAAUGUAUUUACAAG